CCACCACCUAACUGGGUAGUCACCUAUCCAUUUUUGGAAGCGGUAUAGUCUAUAAGAAAUAAGAAACCCAAUUCCAACCCAAAGUCACGCACACCGCUUGUAGCAAAGUACUAUCCAGGAAGUUCGCCGUUAGUAUCCGUGGAGUAAGAAAAAAAAACUGGACCAUGCCAAAACUUGUUGGCGAAAAGGACGAAGACAUUCAAGCUGUCUUAGGCGGUGUAAGUAGUAAGGUUGCGGCUCAAUCAAUAAAGGCGGCCGUAGGUAGAUUUCAUGCCAUCCCAGCCGACGACGUGGUGGUGCGCUUAAUUGAACGGCGGCAUAUCCAGCCAACUCCACAAGGCCACCUCAGUGGCUUGGACAGUAUGUAUUGAACAACGGCGAAUGCAUGGUGCCUAGCCUAGCCAUCAUCGAGCUCGAUAUUGUGGAGUCAAAACGUGUUCACCGCAGUUUGAGCUGGUCUUUUUACACAUCAAAC